AUGGCAGCGUCCGUGCGCGUGGCUGGGCGGAGGGAAGAUGGCGGUGACUGGCUGGUUAGAGAGUCUGCGGGCGGCAGAGAAGACAGCUCUGCUGCAGGAUGGGAGAAGAAAGGUGCACUAUUUGUUCCCAGAUGGAAAGGAAAUGGCUGAAGAAUAUGAUGAGAAGACGAGUGAACUACUUGGGUCUUGCUUCUUGCCAGCUUGCCCAGGCUGGCCUCAAACUUGGAAUCUUCCUGUUUCAGCCUUCCAGCUAGCGGGAAUUACAGUGAGAAAGUGGCGAGUGAAAAGUGCGCUGGGAGCCUUGAGCCAGUGGCAGCUUGAAGUGGGAGAGCCAGCACUCCCAGGAGCAGGAAGCCUGGGGCCCGAGCUCAUCAAGGAAAGCAAUGCCAAUCCUAUCUUCAUGCGUAAGGACACAAAGACGAGUUUCCAGUGGCGGAUUCGAAACCUCCCCUACCCUAAGGAUGUCUAUAGCGUUGGUGUGGCCCAGAAGGAGCGCUGCAUUGUUGUCAGAACAACCAACAAGAAGUACUACAAGAAGUUCUCCAUUCCUGACCUAGACAGAUACCAGCUACCUCUGGAUGAUUCCUUGCUGAGCUUUGCUCAUGCCAACUGCACCCUGAUAAUCUCUUAUCAGAAGCCAAAGGAGAUCAUGGUGGCUGAGUCAGAGCUACAAAAGGAGCUAAAGAAGGUAAAGACGGCCCACAGUGAUGGGGACUGUAAGACCCAGUAGCUGGUCCCCGGCUUUGUUCCUCUGGCAUGGAGGAUACUAUCUGACUUCCAGGCUUGGGCCUUUCCGGCAUGAGGCAACCUCCUCUCUCCUUGGAGCUACCUACAGUCUAUAGGAACUGGUCCAGGUGUUAUGCCAAACUCCUGUUCAUGGUCUUGUUUCCUGAGUAAAGUCAUUCUGAGUUAUUGCA